AUGGCGGACCAACAGAUUGUUUUCACCAAGGACGCCCCUUUCCGUAAGUAUUCCAGAGAGCUGUGUGCUCUGUCCCUCCUCCGAUCCGGCUCCGAUUGUACUGAUAAGCUCCUACGAAAUUUAGCUGUCGGCCCUUACUCCCAGGCCAUCAAGACCCCUUCGGCCAUCUACUGCUCCGGCCAGAUUCCCCUCACUGCUGAGGGCACCUUGGUUGAGGGCUCCAUCACAGACCAGACUAAGCAGUGCUGCCAGAACCUCGAGGCCGUCCUGAAGGAGGCUGGUUCUUCUAUCGCCAAGGUCGUCAAGUGCAACAUCUUCAUCUCUGAUAUGGCCCACUUCGCCGAGAUGAACUCUGUCUACGAGAAAUGGUUCGCUCACAAGCCCGCCCGCAGUUGCGUCGCCGUCAAGACCCUCCCCAAGAACGUUGAUGUCGAGAUCGAGGCUAUUGCUCUCCCUUAA